AUGGCAGCACCGGGCCCCGGUGCCGGUCACGACGAUGUCGACCUAUACGAGCUCCUUGGAGUCGACAAGAGCGCAAGCGCCGAUGACAUCAAGAAGGCAUACCGGAAGCUUGCCCUUCAACACCAUCCCGACAAGGUGCCUGAGGACCAGCGCGCCGAAUCCGAAAUCAAAUUCAAGUCUGUAAAGCACGCCUACGAGAUCCUCCGAGACGAAGAUCAGCGCGCCCGGUAUGAUAAAUUCGGGAUGGCAGCAUUCGACGCCUCGCGGGGAGGUAUGGGCGAGGAGGGAGAUAUCAACGACAUCUUGGCCCAAAUGUUCGGCAUGGGCAUGGGCCCUGGUGCCGGGCCGAGAAAGCCCCGGCGUGGCAGUGACCAGGAGUCCAAGUAUUCUGUCAGCUUGGAAGAUCUUUACAAGGGCAAGGCCGUGAAGUUCGCUGCGAAUAAGAAGGUGGUCUGCGCGACUUGCAAAGGCUCCGGCGCAAAGGAUAAGGUCAAGCCGCAACAAUGCGAUCGCUGCAAGGGCAACGGUGUCGUUGAAGCCUACAGACAGGUCGGACCCGGACUCGUCACGCGCGAAGCCGCCGUGUGCGAUCGCUGCCAGGGGUCUGGUAACCACUACAAGGAGAAAGACCGGUGUAAGAAAUGUAAGGGCAAGCGAACCGUCCCGGAGACGAAGCCGCUGGAGAUCUACAUACCCCGCGGCUCGCGGCAGGGGGAGCGGAUCGUGUUGGAAGGCGAAGCCGAUCAGGACCCCGACCAGACUCCGGGUAAUCUCGUGUUCGUACUAGAUGAGGAGCCCCACGAGGUGUUCAACCGCAUCGGAAACGACCUCUCUGCCGAUUUGGAUAUCACCCUCGCUGAAGCCCUGUGCGGCUUCUCUCGUGUGGUACUCAAGCAUUUGGACGGUCGGGGCAUCCACAUCAACCAUCCACAGGGCAAGGUCCUAAAUCCCGGACAGGUGCUCAAGGUGGAGGGCGAGGGCAUGCCGUUGAAGAAAGGAGAGGCGAAGGGGGACCUGUACCUCAUCGUCAAGAUUGAAUUCCCCCCCAACGGCUGGCUGAAGGACGACGCCGCCUACGAAUCCCUCCAGAAGCUCUUGCCGGGGCCGCCGCCGGAGAUCAAGGUCGAGGAGAUUGAUGAUGUAGCCUACGACGCCGGCGCCGAUAUUGACGAGAUGGGCGCGCACUCGGGAGAUCCGCGGUACGGAGAUGGAUGGGAAGACGAAGAUGACGAGGACGGGGCCGGUGGACAGCCUCAGUGUGCACAGCAGUAA